ACAGCUCUCGGGCACCAGGACCGAGGGAGAGGCCCAGAGAGGCAGGAAGACUUGGCAAAGGAGUGCCAGGGAAGAUAAGGAGGCUGAGGGGGACGGGAAGGAGGGGGCCAGGGAGGAGGGGGAGCCGACUGGAGCCUGGUGCCUGGUGCUUGGUGCACCCUGCCGUGCCCCUCCAUGCAGUUUCCCAUGGGCCCCGCCUGCAUCUUCUUGAGGAAAGGCAUCGCUGAGAAACAGCGGGAAAGACCCCUGGGACAAGAUGAGAUCGAAGAGCUUCAGGAAGCAUUUCUUGAGUUUGACAAGGACAGAGAUGGGUUCAUCUCCUGUAAGGAUUUGGGGAAUCUCAUGAGGACGAUGGGUUACAUGCCCACGGAGAUGGAGCUGACUGAACUGGGCCAGCAAAUCCGCAUGAACUUGGGUGGCCGUGUCGACUUUGACGAUUUUGUGGAGCUCAUGACUCCCAAACUGCUUGCAGAAACAGCAGGGAUGAUCGGUAUCCAGGAGAUGAGAGACGCCUUCAAGGAAUUUGACACCAACGGAGACGGGGAGAUCACCCUCGGGGAGCUGCAGCAGGCCAUGCAGAGGCUCCUGGGAGAGAAGCUCACGCCCCGAGAGAUCUCGGAGGUUGUGCAGGAGGCCGACGUGAAUGGAGACGGUACCGUCGACUUUGAAGAGUUUGUGAAGAUGAUGUCUCGCUGAGGAGGUUCUGGAAGCCCCGUUCCCUCCCCACCUGGCCAAUGUGGAUCAAGCACUUGCUGAGGACCAAAUCCCACCUGGGCCCUUCCAGGAGAGAGGGUGGGAGGGUGCGUGGUGACCGGCCCCACAGAGCAUGAGCUGAGGCUAGCCCGAAAGUGAUCGCUUUGCCCGGAUGGCGGGGUGGGGUGAGGGGCACCUCUCUAGAGUGAGAUUAAGAAGGAAGAGUCUACGUAUGGAAAUGAGAUUGGGACUAGGGUCAGUGCCGCUCCCCCAAUUCCAAAGGUUAAUGACAUCUUUUGACUGCGUAAUCCCUAAUGCCUAUGACCCUCCAGAGUCUCUUCCCCAGCGUCCUCUUGGGUCCAACUCCCAAAAAAGUUCAGCCUGUAGUCCACCCUUCCCUGUUGUUGCUUCCGAUCUCCUCAGUUUCUUUCUGUCAGUAAGAGAGAGGCAUGCCAAUCUUGGGGCUACAAACGGGGUUCCUGAUAAGACUGGGCUUGGAAAUGGUUAAUUA